UGCACAAACUUUUUAGGGCUCUGUCUGAUUCAUUGGGAAAGUGGAUAUGACUCCAGAGCUGUUAACAAUGGAUACAAGCCAAAUACAUUAGAUUAUGGAAUAUUUCAGAUCAAUGAUGACAUGUGGUGCAAGAGUCCUCUACGUCCCAGUCAAAAUAGAUGUGGAAUCCCAUGUGAAAGACUAAAAGAUGAUGAUAUCACUGAUGACGUGUCCUGUGUUUUAAAAAUACUUAAGGAAAAAGGCUUUCAUGAAUGGAUGUCAUAUGGACUUCGAUGUAACAGCAAUACAGGUGAAUACAUCAAAAACUGUGAUAUGACUUCAAGGACAGUGAACAUAGGCAUGAAACUAAGAGAUGAACCUCAACCUCAUGUCAGGUUUAACGUUAACUUGGUAACGGAACAGCCACACCUACUCAAAGUUCGAUUAGGCUUGACUUCAGACCCUAAAGGAUUCAAAGUCAACGUGAACGCCAAAGAAGCCAAACUGAAUUUUUUCACGAAAUUCCUAAAAGCUCAUUAUAAAAUUAAACCCUUUUUUAGCUUGCAACAAUAUGUCACCAAGUAAGCUGACGAAAAAGUGCAACUCACCUCAUCAGUGGACAAUCCUAUUUAUGUGCCAAAGUGGUUAUGAAUAAAAGAACUGAAAGCUACCUUUAAGAAAAGAAAUCAAAAUACACACCAAAUAUUUUUUUUUUACGAGAAAGCUCAGCUUUUGUUCAAAUGGGUAUAAAUCAGUUUGGUAGCAGGUUUACCAGUUGAUAUUAAUGUAAUUUAAAAAAAUAAACGUUGAAAUUUGU